GUUGAUGGCAACAGGAAGCUGAUGUGGUCUGUUCAUUCAUGAUGCGUCAAUCAUUAAUAAGAAGUCGUCUUGUUCCCGAGUGCUGUGCUUAUUGCUGACGAGCGCCGCCGCUUUGUAGAGGACGGGGGAAAUCCUUAACUGAGUUGCGUCAUAAAUACGUCAACAAACUCAUUCACUGACCAGUCCCACCUGGAGAGUGGUCCACAGCCACGCAGCUUUCCACCGGACUACGGAGCAGAGCAGCCGGGAUUCCACAGUGGGGGAAACAUGCACUUUGGAGCAGGGGUCUAGGUGGACUACGAUGCCUUAGAUUUAGACAGGAAUCCUGGCACAACAUGGAGAUAAACAGCGUUAGUAGUGAGGUCAAUGGACAUCAGACCAUGGAUGAGCCCAUGGAGGAGGGAGAGUGUUAUACACACUGUGAUGACGGGGCAUAUAAAGAGAUUCCUAUCACUCACCAUGUCAAAGAGGGCUGCGAGAAGGCAGACCCGUCGCAGUUUGAGCUCUUGAAAGUCUUGGGUCAGGGCUCUUUUGGCAAAGUAUUUCUAGUAAGGAAAAUUGUUGGUCCAGAUGCCAGUCAGUUAUAUGCAAUGAAAGUUCUAAAAAAGGCAUCACUGAAAGUCAGGGACAGAGUUCGUACUAAGAUGGAGAGAGACAUCUUAGUGGAGGUCAAUCAUCCCUUCAUAGUGAAAUUGCACUACGCCUUUCAGACGGAAGGGAAACUGUAUUUAAUACUGGACUUUCUCAGGGGAGGGGAUGUAUUCACUCGCUUAUCCAAAGAGGUUAUGUUUACAGAGGAAGAUGUGAAAUUCUACCUUGCAGAGCUGGCCCUGGCCCUUGACCAUCUGCACAACUUGGGCAUAGUUUACAGAGAUCUCAAGCCAGAGAAUAUCUUACUUGAUGAAGCUGGACAUGUAAAGUUAACAGACUUUGGCCUGAGCAAAGAGUCGGUGGAUGCUGAUAAGAAGGCUUAUUCUUUCUGUGGUACGGUGGAGUAUAUGGCCCCUGAGGUGGUCAACAGGAGAGGACACACACAGAGUGCCGACUGGUGGUCUCUGGGAGUACUGAUGUUUGAGAUGCUAACCGGGACGUUACCAUUCCAAGGGAAAGACCGCAAUGAGACCAUGAACAUGAUUCUCAAAGCAAAGUUAGGAAUGCCGCAGUUCCUUAGUUUGGAAGCCCAGAGUCUGCUGAGGAUGCUGUUUAAACGUAACCCCACGAACAGACUAGGGGCCGGACCCGACGGUGUGGAAGAGAUCAAACGGCACGCUUUCUUCUCCACCAUCGACUGGAAUAAACUGUACAGGAGAGAGCUACAACCCCCAUUCAAGCCUGCAGCAGGUAAACCAGAUGACACGUUCUGCUUCGACCCAGAGUUCACUGCAAAAACGCCGAAAGACUCCCCAGGUAUCCCUCCCAGUGCGAACGCCCACCAGCUUUUCAAAGGCUUCAGUUUUGUUGCUCCAACGCCGAUGGAUGAAAACAAGAGUUCCCCGCUCCUCAGUAUACUCCCAAUAGUUCAGAUGCAUGGUGGGUCUGCCAAGUUUUCUGAUUUAUACGAGCUUCAGGAGGACAUAGGAGUCGGCUCUUACUCAAUUUGUAAACGCUGUGUACACAGAGUCUCUGCCAUGGACUAUGCUGUUAAGAUUAUAGACAAAAGUAAGAGGGAUCCAUCUGAGGAGAUUGAAAUCCUGAUGAGAUACGGGCAGCAUCCCAACAUCAUCACUCUGAAAGAUGUGUAUGAUGAGGGCAGGUAUAUUUACCUGGUGACGGAACUGAUGAAGGGGGGAGAACUGUUGGACAAGAUCCUGAGGCAGAAGUUUUUCUCCGAGCGAGAGGCCAGUGCUGUGCUGUACACCAUCACCAAGACCGUUGACUACCUCCACUGUCAAGGGGUGGUACACAGAGACCUAAAGCCUAGCAACAUCCUUUAUAUGGAUGACUCUGGGAAUCCGGACUCAAUCAGGAUCUGCGACUUUGGUUUUGCAAAGCAGCUUCGAGGGGGCAACGGUCUGCUCCUUACGCCAUGUUACACCGCAAAUUUUGUGGCACCAGAGGUACUAAUGCGGCAAGGUUAUGAUGCAGCCUGUGAUAUAUGGAGUCUUGGAGUUCUAUUAUAUACAAUGUUGGCCGGGUAUACACCGUUUGCAAAUGGUCCAAACGAUACACCAGAGGAGAUUCUACUUCGAAUAGGCUCUGGAAAGUUUUCUCUCACAGGCGGUAACUGGGAUACUGUAUCAGACACCUCAAAGGACCUUCUGUCCCAUAUGCUCCAUGUCGACCCUCACCAGCGAUACACGGCAGAGCAGGUUCUAAAACAUUCCUGGAUUACCUGCAGAGAUACACUGCCACACUUCCAGCUCACACGCCAUGAUGCACCACACCUCGUCAAGGGAGCCAUGGCUGCCACUUAUUCAGCACUGAGCCAGAAGACAAGCCAGCCCGUGCUGGAACCUGUGGCUGCUUCAAGUUUAGCCCAGAGACGCAGCAUGAAGAAACUCACCUCCACGGACAUGUAGACACACACACACACACACACACACACACACACACACACACACACACACACACACACAGGGAGCAUGUUCUACCAUGUUGACCUCACUCUCAUACACAGACAGAAGUCCUGGCCAGUCAAAGUUACUGUCUCCCUUUUUAAUGUAUUUAAUUGAUGCACACACCCUCGUGCACACCUCCAUGCACAUGCCCACUUGAUGAGGCUGAAAAGCGAUGACAUCUGCUCAAAAGCAAGACUAGAAACCUGUAUCUGUUACUGCUGGGGAGACAGACUUGUAUUUAUUUCCACAGCUUUCAUAUGCACUUACCCUCCUCGCCUUUCAUUGUUUCUUCCUUGGGAAGAAACGCACCAGCUGAUGUUCUCCUUCACUGUGAUUGGCUGAUACAGAGCUGCUUCGGUAAACUGUGCCCACGCCCCUGCCUCCCACUGCUCUUCAUCUAUGUUCCGUCAUCCUCCCCGCCUCAGUUCUUUCUCCUUCCCUGAUUGUGUUUGCUCUCUUCUUUUCUCCAAAAUAUGAAAGUAAAGGUUUACAUGCGAGAGUGCUGGCAAGAUGAUGAUUACUGAAGGACAGCCACAGACUGUUUCAUUGCUCAAAAAGUCCAAACCAAACAAAAUGAUUCUUCUCGAGACUGAGAUAAAUCUUAAGGAUCGAAAUCAUCUUCCAGCACUUUUGGCUACAUAAAUGCAUGUGUGGACAGAUGCUGUAUUUCUUUAACCUUUAAUUUAUGUUUGUGAUGCUAACAGUGUAUCUAAAGAGCUAAAAAAAAAAAAAAAAAAAAAAAAGGCUGCAGGUGGACAAAAAGUAACAUCUGUAAUGAAUGUGAAACAAUGUGGUGAUGAAAACAGAAGUUCUAGAUUGCACAUAUGCAUAUUACUUGCUCAUUUAUUAGGUAUGCCUGGAUUAAACUAGCACAGUGGACUGAAGUCUCCCUUCAGGAGGCCUUUAUUAGAGGUUGUGAUUUACUUUUAAUGCUUAAUUUAGAACUACAAUUCUUACGAAUAGAAUGGACAAAAUGUCAGCACUAAACCUUUGACCUUCUCAACUAAAACAAAAGUAAACUGAUCAUAAAAACAAUAAUCCUCAUAGAGAAUAUAAUAUUUAUUCCUUUUUGUUUGAUCUGUGUGUACCUAAUACAUUUGCAAAUGAGUGUAUAUAUUAUAUAUUAUAGUAUAUACAGUGAAAAUAUGGACGAUGAAGAGCAUGUGUGGGAGCUGUAGGGAUCUCUCUGGGGGGAAGGAGAUACACCCCUUCAAACCAGAGUGGCUGAAUCAAAAAAUAUUUCCAUAGAUAUCUCUUUCAAAAGACAUUGUGGAAAUUGUAUAAUAUUGUAUUUAUUUCAUUUGAUUUUUAAGAUUAUAUUUUUCUUUCAAGUUCUGUAUAUAUUGACAUUAAAGAUCAUUAUUGACAUGGA